AUGGGGCAACUGUCAAGCUCUGCCCAGAAAAGUUCUGAAAAACCAGAAGAGGGAAAAACAAGAAAACAAACUGUUUUAAAUGUUGGAUUUCUGACUCCUGAGAGUAUAAAGGAAAAACACCCCAUGCAAGUUUUUCAGGAAUGGUAUGGAGAAGCAUUUCGAUAUGGAGUAACUGACCCGUUUCUAAUGAUGCUCGCCACUUGCGGCGCUAAUUGUAAACCAAGUUGCCGCAUAGUGGCGCUGGGGAGGCCGGACGAAAAAGGGUUUCAUUUUGCUUGCCAAAAAAACAGCAAAAAAUCCGCGCAAAUGGAAGAGAAUUCGGCAGUCGCUGCUACGUUUUAUUGGGCGGAAAUUAAAAGGUCUGUGCGAGUCGAAGGUCACGUGGUUAAAACUGAUGACGUCACGUCCUUUCAAGCGUGGCCGGGUGACAUCAAAUAUGCGGUCAGCGUAGGACCCCAACAGGGUGAAAUGGAAAAUUACCAGAAAUUAGUGGAAAAAUACAAAUCGGCGAAUUUAAAAGAAAUUUCGGAUUUUCCCAAGCCUGGAUAUGUACAGUCGUUCUGCCUAGUCCCGGAAUCGGUAGAGUUUUAUCAGGACAGGGGACCAACAUGUCCGAAUGACAGGAUACUAUGUACAAAAGUAAACGAAAAUGAAGAAAAUGACCAAAAAGAUUGCGAAAAUUGGAAAGUUGUACGACUGUACCCGUAG